UUGUAAGCUAAUAACGACCAAACGAUCAUUUUUUUGGUGAACCCAGCCAUGAAACGGAACAAGCACAUGCGGUCCUUUUUCGUUCCUAUCUGGAAGAGGAAGAUAGAGAAUGAGGGAGAUGUGCUGGAGGAGAGAGAGCAUGUGGAGUUGGAGGAGAGAGAGCAGGAGGAGAGAGAGCAGGAGGAGCUGGAGGAGAGAGAGCAUGAUGAGCCGGAGAGAGAGCAGGAGGAGGAAGAACAGGAGGAGCUGGAGGAGAGAGAGGUGGAGCCGGAGGAGAGAGAGCAGGAGGAGCUGGAGGAGAGAGAGCAGGAUGAGCCGGAGGAGAGAGAACAGGAGGAAGGAGCAGUCAGAGACAGAGAGAAAUGGAGGGAUUUGCAGGGCUGGCAAGUCAGUCAGCAGCACCCAUGUGGAGCAGGCCUACUACUGCACCACCAGAUAUCAGCAUGUGUAGGGAUGACUCUCCAGUGCAGCCACAGAUGAAGACCUUCCCUUUCACCAUCAUGGGAGGCAAGAAGCGUAGUUUCCAGGCCAGUUGGUAUGGUAUACAUCAGUGGCUUGAAUACUCUGUUUCCUGUGACUCAGUGUUUUGUUUUGCA